AUGGCUGCUUUGAAAGGCUGCAGCUCGCUCAAUCUUUCCCGACCCACCACUCUCUCCGCCGAUAGCUACAAGAGGAGGAGUUGCCGAUGGAGACCUCCACAGGCUGCUGUGAUACCCAACUUUCAUCUUCCAAUGCGUAGCUUUGAAGUUAAAAACAGGACAUUGGCUGAAGACAUUAAGGCUCUUAGAUUGAUCACGGCCAUCAAGACCCCAUAUCUUCCUGAUGGUCGAUUUGAUCUCGAAGCAUAUGAUGCAUUAGUGAAUAUGCAGAUUGGUGAUGGCGUUGAAGGCGUGAUUGUUGGCGGCACGACUGGUGAAGGUCAAUUGAUGAGCUGGGAUGAGCACAUAAUGCUGAUUGGUCAUACAGUCAAUUGUUUCGGCAGUUCAAUCAAGGUGAUUGGCAACACCGGGAGUAACUCUACAAGAGAAGCAAUCCAUGCAACUGAGCAAGGCUUCGCAGUUGGGAUGCAUGCUGCUCUUCACAUUAAUCCUUACUAUGGCAAGACUUCUGUGGAGGGCAUGGUCUCGCACUUUGAGCACGUGUUACCAAUGGGUCCGACAAUCAUUUACAACGUGCCAUCCAGGACCGGCCAGGACAUUCCGCCUGGGGUGAUUCACACGCUAGCGCAAAGUCCUAAUCUUGCCGGGGUGAAGGAAUGUGUUGGCCAUGCAAGGGUUGUGCAGUAUACUGAGAAUGGGGUCGUGGUGUGGAGCGGGAAUGAUGACGAGUGCCAUGAUUCGAGGUGGGAUCAUGGUGCUACUGGAGUGAUCUCUGUUGCUAGCAACCUGGUUCCUGGUUUGAUGCAUCUGCUCAUGUUUGGAGGGAAGAACCCUUCCCUGAAUUCAAAGCUGUUGCCUUUGAUUGAUUGGUUGUUCAAGGAACCUAACCCCAUUGGAUUGAACACUGCUCUUGCACAGCUCGGGGUUGUGAGGCCGGUUUUCAGACUGCCGUAUGUGCCCCUCCCUCGCCCUAAGCGGGUCGAGUUUGUGAAUUUGGUGAAGGAGAUUGGGCGGGAGCAUUUUGUUGGGGAGAAAGAUGUUCAAGUUCUUGAUGAUGAUGAGUUCAUAUUGAUUGGUCGUUAUUAG